AUGGUGGCUAUGUUUCAAGAAGACAAUGGAACAUCCUCUAUAGCUUCUUCAUCACCACUUCAAGUCUUCUCAACUAUGUCUUUCACAAGACCAACUCUCCUCUCUUCUCCCUCUUCACCGUUCAAAGACCUCAAACCAGAGGAGCGUGGUCUCUACUUGAUCCACCUCUUGCUAACCUGCGCCAACCACGUGGCCUCAGGUAGCCUCCAAAACGCAAAUGCCGCUCUCGAGCAGCUCUCUCUCCUCUCCUCCCCUGACGGCGACACGAUGCAGCGAGUCGCAGCUUACUUCACCGAAGCCCUCGCUAACAGGAUCAUCAAGUCUUGGCCUGGUCUCUACAGGGCGCUCAACGCAACUCAGACAAGGAACAGUAAUGUCUCCGAGGAGGUUCAUGUCAGGAGAUUGUUCUUUGAUAUGUUCCCUAUACUCAAAGUAUCUUACCUGCUCACUAACCGAGCUAUAAUCGAGGCUAUGGAAGGUGAGAAGAUGGUUCAUGUGAUUGAUCUCGAUGCUUCCGAGCCUGCUCAAUGGCUUGCUUUGAUUCAAGCUUUUAACUCUAGGCCUGAAGGUCCACCGCAUUUGAGAAUCACUGGUGUUCAUCGCCACAAGGAGGUCCUUGAUCAAAUGGCUCAUAGGCUCACAGAGGAAGCAGAGAAACUAGACAUACCGUUUCAGUUUAAUCCAGUUGUGAGUAGUUUAGAGUCUUUAAAUCUAGACCAGUUGCGUGUUAAGACAGGAGAGGCCUUAGCCGUCAGCUCGGUUCUUCAACUGCAUAACUUCUUGGCCUCUGAUGAUGAUUUCUUGAGAAAGAAUGGAUACAGCCUGAGCGGUGACUCGGCUUCAUCUCUGCCUCUACCCAAGUCAAGAAGAUUCCUCAAUGCAAUUUGGAGUUUGUCUCCAAAGAUCAUGGUGGUCACUGAGCAAGACUCAGACCACAACGGGUCCACACUAAUGGAGAGACUGUUGGAAUCACUCUACACCUACGCAGCAUUGUUUGAUUGCUUGGAAGCAAAAGUUCCAAGAACUUGUCAAGAUAGGAUCAAAGUGGAGAAGAUGUUUUUCGGAGAGGAGAUCAAGAACAUAAUAGCAUGCGAGGGAUAUGAGAGAAGGGAAAGACACGAGAAGCUAGAGAAAUGGAGCCAGAGGAUUAAUUUGGCUGGUUUUGGGAAUGUUCCUUUCAGCUGUUAUGCCAUGUUGCAGGCUAGGAGGUUGCUUCAAGGCUAUGGUUCUGAUGGGUAUAUGAUCAAAGAAGAGAGUGGGUGUGCAGUGAUUUGCUGGCAAGAUAGAGCUCUAUACUCAGUAUCAGCUUGGAGAUGCAGGAAGUGAAAGAAUAUUUUACUGAUAUAAUAACUUGUGUGUUCUCAGUGGAGUCCCUUUCUUUUCUUAUACAUAGGGACACAAUCUUAAUUGUUGUCAUGAUUUGACUUUCUGUCUGUCUUUCCUAUUUUUUUGCAAAUGCUUGUAACUGCCUUUGCAUAUAUGCCUUUUGAUAUUCAGUAGUGUGUUGAUGGUUCAGUUUGGUUUGAUCCAUUUUACACCAAUCCAAA